GAACUCUUCAAGUUGUAGAUCUUAUCAAGGAGAUAAACUAUGGUAAUGAUCACGGCAAUCAGACACAAAUUAGUACAUAAUCAGGGAUGAUCAAGCUGAGUUUGUUUUUAUAAAAAUAGACUUGACCACUUUGGAUUAAACCCAUCUUAUUAUCGAACAAAUUCACUUCGCUCGCGAGAGAGAGAGAGAGAGAGAGAGAGAGAUUGUUCAGCAGAGCAGAUGAAGUGAUUGGGCUGGUCUAACUGCAAUUGUAUAAACAGAAUUAAGUCUUUGAAGGAUCUAGUUUUCUCUUAUGGCUACUGAAGAGCCUAAAGAUCCAUUUAAAGCAAUGGACUGGAAAAAUAUGGGUAGUUCUGAUGUGCAAAAUGAGCCCAGCACUGGCCCAGUGAUAAAGAAACGGUUGCCACGAAAGAUUAGGCAAAUUCCAGAGUGCUAUUUUCUUCCUCGGAGAUCGAUACCCUCUGCCAUUGCCUUUUACGGGGCAUGGAUUGCUGGUGGGAUUGGUGCUGGGAUGCUGUUGGAGGUCUGGAUAAAGAAGAAGGUCAAAGAGGAUGGUGGUGUCAUCUGGGAGUUUGACAAGUAAAAGUUGGAUGGUAUGUUUCCUAAUCCGUGGCUUACAAUUUAGAUGACAACCUAAUAUUGGACUCAAUUCCAAAGUUUUGCUGUUGCCAGCGAAAAGGGUUGUGAUAUGCAUCUUUCUUCUCUGAUUAGCUUCAGAUUGCUUGCUGUAAUGGGGGAAACUCAAUUUGGGGUUCUUUGAAUUGUUCUACAUGCUCAAAUUCUUUCCUGUUUGCAAGGGAAAAUGUUAAUAUAUGUUUGGAUCUUGUUUUAACACAUCUGCCCUUUUUUUUUUGUAACGGCAAAAAGUUUAUUAGGAAACUGAUCGGGUACAUCAAGUGGGGGUGUGGUGAGGGGGAUCCAACCAAAGGUCCCUUUGGACAAACACCUGAAGAGGGCAACGCCCUACAAUCCAAGGGCAAAAUGCCAGAACACCUAAAGGCCUAAAUGUGCCUAGAUCAAUUCACAUACAGCUCAAAAAACCCGCCAAACAAUGCCCUUGACACAUCCAAGUAUGACUUAUUCUAAGUUUCACAGUACUAUAGUGCUACUACUGCAUAACACCUUGGUGAGAAAAAAGAACUUGUCAAAAUUAUUAGUUGGGUUGGAGUAAGAGUGAAUAGUGCAAUUCUUCAAACUCAAUUUUUGAAUAGAAAACAUUAGUAUUUGAUUCUUUAAGUUGAAGAAUUGGAUUGGAGAUGCUCUAAAUGGUUUCACUCGGCCAGAUUUUUCUUAAGGGUGUAUGUCCUAAUACAUUGAAGCAAUGUAAUUCACCAAAAGAGUUGAGGUUUGGUUACUGACAGUGUUAGUGUGCUCUGUGGACCUGGUACAGAGAGCCAUGGUCAUCUGUUUUUUCGAUUUUCGUUUCUUCUCACAUUCAGGGGACCUGGUGAGAAGGUGUGGAAUUCUUAGAAGUCCAACAAGGUUGGAUCAUGAGGUCAUCUGGGAUAGUCAACAUAUGAACGGAAUGGUUUUCAGCAUUCAGUCUAUAAACUUGUUAUUGCUGCUGCUUCUCUUUUGAUAAGCACUAUUGGCUAUUGCUGCUUCUUUGUACCAUGUAUGGCUAUGGCUUGAAAGAAAUGCCAGAAUUUUCCGGAAUCUUUGGACUUCAGAGGGAUGCUUGCUCUGUCCUUACUCCUUACUAUGUUGAUUUCUGAUAUUUAAGAGCUUGUUUGAAUUCAUGUAGGAGGGCCAAGCUGUGUCAAGAAUCAGCCUUUGUGUGCUCCGUGGAAUCUGCCCCUUUCAUUUUUAUUUAUUUUUUGUUUUUGGUUACACCCCUUUCAUUUUUACUUCAUAGUUGUUUUGGUGCUCUUUCGGUUAGUGGUGCAGUGGUGUUAAAAGCACUGGUCUGCUUCUGUUGUUUUGUUUUC